CCUCACUUCAUUGCAUCCAUUAUCCAUUCCCAUCUAUUUCUGUACCUAUUCUACAGACACCUGCACGUCACCAGCAUCCGUUUUCUUCAUUAAAGAAUCUACAUAUUUAACAGCUUAUAAAGAAAAGAAUAAAACAACAACAGCCCUGUGCUGCUUGCUAGAUGAAAUGGUUAAUAGGCCAGCUGUCUUUUGAUGAUUGAAAAAAUAAAAAUCUCUUGAAACGGAACUACAUUCAAGGAUAGAGGGCCUGUUGUUACUUUUUUUUUAGUUUGAGGUCAUCUGUCCCAUUCAUUCUGUUGUUUUGUCUGCUAUUUGUGGCGCUGACAAGCUUGUUUAUCUAGCUCUAGCUUACUUCAGCAUGGAUGAUAUGUACCAGUUAGACCUCUUAUCAGUUUUACAAAUAGCAAUCCUGGCAGUUCAAAUUUACAUAACACCACCUGUGGCAUGACUGAACUGAAGACUGUUGGUUUGGUAGACAGAACACACAGAGCAGUGGAUGCAGCAGCAUAUUCCUUGUGUAUGUGUUUGUGGCAGUUGCCCGGAUUUGGUGUUGCGUGUGGUGAGAGUGAUUUCAGGGCUUUGCAAGGUUUUUUUUCAGGUCAGCAGGCACAGGAUAAGUCUUGACAAGUGAGUAAAGCUGUCUACUAUACCAUGAGUGGGCCAUACACAGUUACCACUCAGCCUGGAGGAUACCCACCACAAGCACCGGGCCCCAUGUACCCAUCACCUGACACAGUUACCACUCAGCCUGGAGGAUACCCACCACAAGCACCUGGCCCCAUGUACCCAUCACCUGGCAUGCCUGGUGAUGGGUACAUGGGGUCAGGUGCCCCAGGACAACCUGGUUUUGCACAACCUAUGUACCCACAACCUGGAAUGUAUGGAGCAACAGGUCAGCCCAUUGCAAUGCAGCCAAUUCCUGGAGGCCCAGGUGUAAACCCUGCAGGAUGGAUGCCAGCACCUACUGUUCCUGCCAACUGCCCACGUGGUCUUGAAUACCUCUCGCAGGUAGAUCAGCUGCUAGUCAAACAAAAAAUUGAAGUUCUGGAAGCUUUUACUGGGUUUGAGACCAACAAUAAAUAUGAGGUCCUGAACUCCAUGGGACAGAAGGUGUACUAUGCUGUUGAAGAUACAUGCUGUGCCUCACGGAACUUCUGUGGUUCUGUGCGACCUUUUGACAUCAAAAUCUUUGACAACCAGAGACAGGAAGUGAUGCAUCUGGACCGGCCAUUGCGCUGCUCUCACUGCUUGUGCUUUUGCUGUUUGCAGAAAAUGGAAGUGCAGGCCCCACCUGGCACACCUAUUGGCUAUGUGCGGCAGGCUUGGAGCUUGUGUUGGCCGAAAUACAAGCUCAAUAAUGAGCAUGAUGAAACAGUGCUUCUCAUCAAAGGACCCUGUUGUCGUAUUGACAUUUGUGGAGACUUAGAUUUUAAGAUCACCUCUCCAGAUGAAAAAACUUGUGUCGGGAAGAUCACCAAACAGUGGUCAGGGAUGGCCAAGGAGGUCUUCACAGAUGCAGAUAAUUUUGGAGUAGUGUUCCCUGUUGACCUGGAUGUCAAAGCAAAGGCCACAGCACUUGGUGCUGUUUUCCUCAUUGAUUUCAUGUAUUUUGAAGAUGGAGGUUCAAAAAAUGAUCAUUAAUAAAGCAUCUUCAUGCAAAGUGAACACAAGUAUCUUUCGGCAGUGUUUCUUGGUGAAUACUUUCCAAAUGAGAAUUGCCAAACACCGUGAAGGAUGAAGAUGAACUGUCACAUGAAAUACUACUUUUUUGCCAUAGAUCUGCAAGCCCUGAUUGUAUGUUUAUUGGCCCAAUGCAUUGUGUGAUUGCUGUUCUAGUGGUUUGUACUAAUGAGUAUAAAAUGAACACUAAGAACUAAUAAGUUUUGUUUAAAAAAGCAAGUUUUAAGUCCUAGUCUUCUGCGUGAAAAGGACCAUUGUCUUGUACAUGUGGCAAGAAAUGGAGCUGUUAUUUUUUUCACAUGGUAUUGUGCUUUGGAAGAGGGUUAUUUACUAGUCUGAAAAAUCUAGUCUUCUUUGUGAAAUGUGUAAUAGUCACUGGUGAAAAGUUGGCCCAGCCUAGAUCAUCAGCAAGGUUUUUUUUUAAUGGUCAACUAAUGUUUUUAUUCUUGUUGGAAUUCACACAGGCUUUUAUCUUAUACUGUGGUCUUUUGGCUUUAACACAAAAUUAUAAAAACACAAAUAUGAUGUGAAUCAUGGCUAUAAAAUCAAGACAAUCCUAUGAGCAUGCCUUUUCUCUUCCAUUUAACCUUUGAAUCAUGCUUAACCAAUUUUUACUGAACAUCAUGUUUUUGCACAUUUACAUUUUGUUUUGCCAUUUAGAGUUUCAGUACUUUGGUCAGUAUCACUGUCUUGUGAUUUUUACUUGCCUCUGCUGUUUCAUUGAAAUGACAGCCUGCUGUUGAUCACAUCCACAUUUUCAUCACCAGUUGGCACCUGACCACCACUUAAGAACUUGCAGGCAACCAGUUAUUAUGAUAACAAGUGUAUAUUGUAGAACAAGCUUGUAACAAAUUUCUCUUUCCUGUUUUAACAGCAGUAUGAUGCUUUGGAGACCUUAGGUACAGGUUAAAGCCCUCCGUGGACAUUAGAAUUUCCUCUGUGCAGGGUAUCAAAAGAUGAAAUAAAUGUCACACUUUGUAUCUGUGCCACCUCUUAAAAAUUUAAUAUGACCUACUUAAACAAUUAUAUUUAAAACGUGUUUGCAUGUUGUAUCAUGGAGAAUUAGUAAAACCUUGCACUUUUUGUAUGCUGUUGGGUAAAUGAUUCAUGCACAUACAAAAUUCUUUUAAUAUGACCAUUCUAUGCAGCACAUGGUGAUAGUUAUCAGUUCUUUCUUAGUCCUCAUUUUUCUGAUUUUAAGGGACUAGUCUAUACAUAAGUUCUUAGCAACCUUCCAUGUAUAUUAUACAAAUUGCAUUGGGAUAAAUGAUAUUAGGUUGUCGAAAAAGUCAUGAUGUAUUAUUUUGUUUUUUAAAGGUCAUUUAUUUAUAUAAAGAACAAAUAUCAGUCCUGUUUUAUAUAUUGCCUGUUUUGUUUUAUAAACUUUUGCCAUCUUUCAGUAAGCUUCAUAAUUCCUUGUUCAUAUAAGGACCCCUGCCUUUAUCGGCAAAAAACUGAACAUGGUACUGAAUACAGCCUUGUAUGAAUUGAAUGCAAAACCACGCAAGGAGUUUUCAAGAGUGCAAAAGAAGUGGAAGCCUGACGGUGCAAGGUCAUGCAGGUGUGGUGUGUGUGGCAACACAUCUCAUCCAAACUCCAAUAAUUUUUGACAGGUAAUCGAACUUGUGCAUGGUUUUGCAUUGUUGUGAUGGAGCACAACUCCUGUAAGAUUAACAAGCUCUGGAUGAUGGAUUCAUUCAAACUGUCCAAUUGCCAACAAUAAACAUUUUUAAUCGACUGGUUCCUUGAAAGGAGGUUGAAAAACACACCACCUUUAAAAUCCCACCUCACCAAGAGCAUUAUCUUCCUUUGAUGAAUGUCUGCUUUUGAUAUCAUUUGAGGAAAAUCAUGUCAGGACCAAGACUAUUUUACACAUAACGUUGUUGUAAAUCAUUCACUUUUCUUCCCCACUUAUCAAUUCCUUUGAAAAAUGGCGAAAAUGAAAAGUUUGGUCUUCUCUCCAAAACUCAACCAAAUCAAUUUUUUUUCUUUUUAGACAAACUAGAACUGUAAAAAUGUGUCAUGACUUUUCCAGCAACCCAAUAUUUGGCCAUUUUAUUUGCAGUGUUAGAGGUUAGAAUGGGAGAGAGAGGAAAAGAUCUCUGUUUAAAGGAUGAAAUGGUUGGGACUAAUACAUUUAGAAAAUUCUUCUUAUCCAGCAGAACUUUUUAAUUUCUUUGAUCCCAAAUAAGCAUAUUAAAUAGGGGUACAUUUUGUCUUGUGUGCCUUCUUUUGCGAGGAAAUUUUAGCAUUUUUUUCAUGAUACUUAAAGAUGGUAUUAAUCAAGUAUAUUAAUGGUAUUAUGUUUAUGUACAAAGAGGCAUUAGUUAACAUAUGGCAUCGGUUGAAAUACAGUUUUUGUAGUUUAAUUGAUAUAUAUAUAUUUUGUGAUAUACUUUUUUGAUUUUUGUCAGACCAUUUAUUAAAAUAUAAGGCAAAGCUGUAUUGUUCCUACUAUUAGUGGACUUUUAACAUCCAAGUGUCUUUAACUCGACUGCAUGCAUGAAUAUUUUGUCUAAUAUACUGUCUUUUUUAUUGUAAUUUUAAAAAUCUGUAACAAUAAAACUAUUGCUAGCAGGCA